CUCUGAGGCACAAAACAUAUAAAGCUUGAGGUUAUUAGCCGCUCGCGCAGAUUUGUUUCAAUUUCAAAUAUCAAUGUCAGACGUCAACAGUAAGAGUUAAAACUACAGUGAAAAUUUUUUGUGAUUACAAUUUACCGGCAUUAACAAUAAUUAAACAUAACUUGUAAGUUCCUCACGAAGAAGUUUUUAUUAAAGGUCAAAUUAUACAACGUAUUUCCGAAGAUAACCUUGUUAUGAUGUCAUCAUCAAUAAUAGACCCCAUUUAAAAAUAUGCAACUGUCUGGUUAAACAUUCAGUUUAGUUUAUAGAUAAAUAAAUGAAGUAGAGAUGGUUUUUGAAAGCACUUUAUCUGCUGUUUUAAAUAAGUUUUUGGGAGAUUUUGUGGAAAAUUUAGAUGCAAAACAGCUGUCUGUUGGAAUAUGGGGAGGUGAUGUGGAAUUAAGAAAUUUGAUAAUAAAGCCUUCUGCUUUAGAUGAACUGGAUUUACCUAUACAGACAGUAUAUGGAUCUAUAGGCAAACUUUUACUAAAAAUACCUUGGAAAAGUUUGUAUACUUCUCCAUGGGUGAUAGAGGUGGACAAUAUUCUACUUCUGGCAGCACCAAACCAGCAAGUUAAAUAUGAUCCAGUUAAAGAAGAAAAAAACAAAUUUGAUGCAAAGAAAAAAGAAUUAGAAAAUAUUGAAGUAGCAAAAAAGGCUGAAGCGGAAAAAGGUAAGCCAAAACCAGAUGCUACUUUUAUAGAAAAACUGAUUACCACCAUCAUAAAAAAUGUUCAGUUGAAAGUAACAAACAUCCACAUCAGAUAUGAAGACAAAGUUACCAAUCCGGAUGUGCCCUUCGCAUGUGGGUUGUCACUACAUACUUUACUUAUUGAAAGCACAGAUGCUAACUGGCAAAAAGCUAUUGCUAGUGAUACGGUGAAAAUAUACAAGAUUGUUGGUUUAGAAGCUUUAGCCGUGUAUUGGAAUUGCAAUUCUAAAAUAUAUGGAGAUGAGAGUACAGUUUCGAUGACAACAUUUUUGAAGCAAUCCAUUUCUUCCAAAGAUAAUACACUUGCUAACUUUGAAUAUGUUCUGGGUCCAAUCAACGCAUCUGCCAGACUACGGAUGAAUCAAAAACCGGAAAGUGACAGCCCAGAAUAUUCCAUCCCUAAAAUCCAGCUAAACCUGGAUAUGGGAAAACUAUUCAUUGGAAUAAGCAAAUUCCAGUACCGUGAUAUAAUUGCGUUGACCGAUUCUUUGGGCUGGAUGAACAGGGGUGUCCCUUACCGCAAAUACAGACCUAACCUUUCGGAAUAUAGGGGGCACUAUAAGGAAUGGUGGCAUUUUGCUUAUAAGUGUGUCUUAGAGGAAGAGGUUAGACGAAGGAGAAGAAAUUGGAACUGGGAGAACAUUCUCGGCUAUCGGAAUAAGUGCCGUCAGUACAGCGGCUUGUAUAAGAAACAACUGAAGAAAGCGAUUAAAGGAGAUGAGAAGCAAGAAAUAGAAAAUUGCGAAAAAAUUUUAGAUGUAACCAGCAUCGUUAUAAUACGACAGCAGAUCGAAAUCGAGUUACAGCGUUUGCAACAGAUUGAAGCCAAACAGGAUAAGGGUUGGUUCGGAUGGAUUUGGAAAGGAUCGUCCAGUCAACAGGAUGAGGAUAGCACCAGUGCUGUUUUGCUAAAACAAUUCCAAAGUGAAAUGACACCCGCAGAAAAAGAAACAAUGUACAAAGCCAUCGGCUAUCAAGAGAACGCCGCCCCAACUACGAUUCCCAAAACUUUCAUUGCAUAUUCCGGUGCUUUUAUACUAAGGAACCUCGAGAUAGAAUUAAGAGAUGACGACCAGCAAAUUAAGAGAGUCCUCUUCUGUAAUUUAAGCGGCGUGGGGAUAAAAUUGGAGCACAGACCAGCGGCAAAUGCUAUCAAGGCAGAUGUAAAGAUAGACAACUUCACAAUUGAGGGUCUUCAGCAAGAUAAUUUUAUACCACAAUUAAUUACCUCUGAAAUCGACAGCAAAGGUGGCCUUUUAGAAAUUGCCUUCGAGACAAAUCCAUUGGAUGAAAUAUGUGAUCAGAAGAUCCGCCUCGUUGCGAACCCUGUAAAAAUAUUUUAUGAUGCCAUGACUAUUAACAAGGUCAUCGAUAUUUUCAAAGUACCUUCCGACACUGUCGCGGACCAGAUACAGGCAGCCGCUGGCAGUGGCCUCUCGAACGUGAAGCAAAUGACCUCUACCGGUCUACAAUUUACCAUAGAAAAACGCAAUCGUCUAGAUCUAUACGUAGACCUGCAAGCGCCUUAUGUAAUAAUCCCGCACGGGGGCAAAUAUACCGGUGUAGAAAACGUCUUAGUAGCUAAUUUGGGUCGCCUCAAGAUGUUGUCUUCCGGCCAACGCACUAACAUCAACAUCGUGAAGCAGAUGUACCAGCAGGGCCUGGGACACGAGGACAUAUUCUUGCGUCUAAAGGAGCACUGCUAUGACUCUUUCGUACUUGAAUUGACGGACUUGCAGAUUUUGAUAGCGCAAGGCGAUGAGGACUGGAGGACUGCCGUUAAGGAAUCGGAGCAUUCCGCCAUGCACUUGCUCAGUCCGCUGACGUUGUCCGUUACCUAUUCUAAGUGUUUAAUCAUGGACGAUCCCAGAUUUCCACAGAACAAGAUAACCGGUGAAUUGCCCUCCAUCGAUGUUAGGGUUUCCGAGGCUAGAUUCUUGCUAUUGGUGGCCUUGGGAACGAGCAUUCCUUUGCCUGAAAGCGAUGUACCAGAACCGCAACCGUUGUCGAAAUCGAAGAAAAGCUCCAGUAUGAUGUUACUGAAAUAUAAAGAGUUACAACAAAGUGCAAAACAGACAAAGGAUUUAUUGCCCGCACAAAGUGCAGAAUCAGAUAAGGAAUUUGUCCAAUUUACAACAAUGGAAGCCAAAUUUGUAAUGGCAGAAAUGUCUGUUGUCAUCAACCAGCAGUCUGCAAUUGGCUCCCAAAUAUCUGAGUUGGCUUCGUUUAAGGUUAAGAACUUGGAGUGUUCUUUGGGUCAGCAAACGUUUGUUACAAACGUACAACUAGUGUUGUCCAGUAUCAGUUUGGAACAAAAUCGUUCUGGAGAAAUAAUCAGCAUUAUUAGUACCCCCCGUACGGGUAAAGGUAGUGAGUACCUGUUCAAGGUUGAAUUUACCCAGAUCGAUACAAAUUCUCCCGAACUACAUUCUAAAUACCAAUCAUGCGAAACGAGCUUGAUCCUAGAUUUUGGAGUUCUGAAUAUUACACUCCACCAAGAAGGCCUUCUGUCUCUGAUCGAAUUUAAGACGUUGCUCCUAGAUCAGAUCUCCCACCUAACAGACGAUCAGCAAAAAGACAGAAUCGCUACGAUUCGGUCAAAAAGGCAACAAUUCGUUAUCAGCGAAGGUGCUGAGACUGUUCAAAAAACUGUUGCAAAACCUAAAAAAAAGUUGCAGGCGGUAGUGGUCGAAACCAUAAAAUUCAAAUUGUUGGCGGAAUUGCAAGAAGUCUCCGUGAAAUUUGCAAACGAUCGAAGUAACAUCUCGUCUUGUGCCAUAAAGGGAAUCGUAUCUGACAUUAUUGUGAAGGAUACUUACACACAAGUUAACGCCAAUUUGCAAGAGAUCAGUGUCAUUGAUUUAAACCCCGAUUCGCUACACAAAUUGAUCAUUUCAGGCACUGAAGGUGUAGCCCUGAAGGCACAAAUAGUAAUAAACAACUUGGAAGGAGAAUCCAAAAAACCUGAUAUGGAAAUAUCCGCCAAAUUGGGUGGAUUGAGGAUUGUCUUCUUAAACUGUUUCGUCUCUAAUAUGUUGAACUUCCUGAAUAGGUUCCAAGAAGCGCAGCGGCAGAUAAUCGAGGCAUCACAAGCCGCCGCUAAGCAAGCCAGAGAAAAUGUGAAAAAUGCAUACGAUAAGGCUACAAAAAUCUCUCUCGACAUUAAACUCAAAGCUCCGGACAUCGUAGUGCCGGUGGCCUGUAAAAGCUUCCAGGCUCUAAUCCUGGACCUUGGUGUCUUAUAUCUUUCAAACACAUUCUUAACUUUGGAAACAAAAAACGCCGAAGGUUUCUCCGCAGUAAUCGACGAAUUGAAAGUCAGUCUCUCUCAGUUCCAACUGUUGAGGGUCAAAUUGGAUCAGAAAGGUGAAAAAAUCAAAAGUGAAGAAUUGAUAGCACCCAUUAAUAUCGAUAUCAUCAUUAGACGCAAUUUGUCCGCUUCUUGGUUUAAUGCGGUACCAGACAUCUACAUAUCGGGCAAAAUUAAGAUCAUCAAGCUCCUCUUAAGUCAAGGUGACUACAAGAUGAUUAUGGGUAUCUUAAACGGGAACUUAGCUGAAGGACAAGUGGAGACGGUUGAAGUCAAACAAUCAAAGCCCGCCGCUGUUAAGGGAUUUGAAGAGCAUGUGGUACACGUUGAAGUUGGAUCUGUGUGCGAAAGACACAUUCAUAUAGAGGUGAAGGUUAACGUGUUUUUGAAGUUUACCUUCAGCAUGGACGAGCUAAUCCUUAACUUGUACACUGGGAGCGAUUCUGAGGUUGAAGAAAAUAUAUCGUCCCAUUCCGAAGACACACACUUGGCAAAGUUUUCGAUAGAAGGCCUGUCGAUUAAAGGGAGAAUCCUCAGUGAUCAGUCCAUCGUAACAUCUGUGGUAAUCGUGAAUUGUCUCUUAGAUGACAUGCGGAAGGGACGGGGGGAUAAAUUAAACAGGCUUAUAGAAAGGUCCCACACUAAUCAAGAAGCUGGUGAUAGUACCUUCUCGUCAACUGAAUCAGUGGCCCCUCCAAAGAGUAUGAUCGACGUGACUUACCAGCAGAAGGAGAGUGAUAUGUUUGUUGACGUUAGGAUUUUCAGUUUCACCAUCAUACUCUCAGUGGACUACCUCAUGAAACUUGCUGAAUUCUUCAGCACUGCCGGUACUAAAAAGCCCGCUAUAACCACUGAAAAUAAACAGUCCCAAACCAAACUCGAAGAAUCGAAACAAUCACUACCUGAAAAGCAGCCAGAAAAAGAAUCCCAGAUGACUAUAAAUUUGAAGUUGGAGAAGCCGGAUAUCAUUCUUGUGGAACACAUGGACAACAUAGAUACAAACGCAAUGAUUUUAAAUAGUGAAAUUUUGGUAAAAUUGCGUUUUGCUGGCCCCCAUCAAGUGAUAAACGGAAUUAUCAAAGAUUUUCAACUCUACACAUGCAAUUAUAAUCCAGCACAUCGUGAAGAAACCAGGGGCAAUGUUCUCUAUCCCGUGAACAUCAGCAUUGCCGGUUCAACUCCUCAGGACAAAGGUUUACACCUUGAGCUUCUAAUCACCGCCAUCCGAUUGAGUGUUUCGCCUGCCACGAUCGAACUUUUAAACAGGGUUAUGGUGACCAUGACUAGCUCGGGAACCUCUAUGGACGAAAACGCCAAAGAACAGGUCAAUCACCCCAACCUCUGGGAACAAAAAGAAUUUGCAGAUUCUGACUAUUGGUUCUUGAAAACAGAAAAUGCCUUGGAGGCUUUAGAAUAUCCAUCCGCGGAAGGCGGGAGGAUUAAAAAGAAGAAUGCUUUGCAAGAACUGUGUAUUAUCACUGUACCCUCCAUUGUUUUUACUAUCGAGGCGGGUGUGGGAAACAAGACCCUUCCGAUGUUGAUACUUGAGACUGGUUUUCAGGGAGCCGCUCGAAACUGGAGUUCGCAAUUAAGCCUUGAAGCGAGCUUAACCAUGCAAAUGGGGUACUACAACAGCAGUUUGGCUUUGUGGGAACCACUCAUCGAACCUGUAGAAGUAGAAGAAGAUGGUAAAAUGCAUUUUGUGCCUUGGGAACUGAAAGUGGAGUUGUCUAUGGGCGAACAGGACGACACUCUCAACGCCACCAGCCCUACGACGUCGGAAUCAGACGGUGAUUCUCUGCCCUCGCCGGUGAUGAGUAUCGACGUGGUUUCCGAACACGUCCUUGAAAUGACCGUCACGAAAACCUGUCUGGAGGUGCUUCAAAACCUGAGCAAAGCCUUCGCGACCGCUAUCGGAACCACAAGUGUAAAGCAUAUUCGCGAGACGAGCGCCCCUUACCAGGUGCUGAACGAGCUUGGAGAAGAUGUGACCAUAUUGAUGGAGGAGAGCUCCUUUAAAAUCGCAGAGGGUGGAUCUUUGGAAGAUAUAAAUAAGUCUGCGGCGGUGCCUUUACAACUGAAGGGGGAUGCUCCCGCUAACGCCUUGUUGCAUCUCAGCAAGGAACUUUUGGUGCAACAGCAGGAGCAGGACAAAUUUUUGCAUAUUAAGAUCCCCAGCAAGAACUGCGUACUCGUCUUACCAGUUGGCAGGGCGGACAAAAGAUUCUUCUCAUUAAACUACCGCGGAGACGGUCACGAUAACUGGGGCAUAAUAUCUGAUAUUAAAGUGGACAAAGGUUCCACCAUAGUAACUCUUCGCAGCGUUUUACAAGUUUACAACCACUUUUGUGUCCCCAUCGACGUGUACUACAUGACCGCUAAAGGUAACGAGCUAGAGCUCAUCGGUGCUGCACAACCGGGCGGUUAUCUGAAUAUACCUCUGAAAGCCGUCUACACCCCAACAAACGAACUGUUCUUUGCCAUAUCAGGACAUUCCAUAACAUCGACUCCUUACAUUUGGAAGGACUUGCAGACGAGUGUGUCAUUUGUCAAGCUGUUGCAGUGCUCUAAUAGGGAUUUUAAUAAAGGAAAGGGUCCUUUCAUUAUUAAAUGCAUAGGGAAGAUGGAGCAGGUGUAUUUCGAGGACACCGUACGACACACCAUGACCAGUACUUGUUACAACAUCCAUCUGAGACCUUCGGUGAUUUUCAAGAACUUUUUACCCAUUGACGUUGUUUGUUGUGUCGAUGAGCAAGCGGAUGAGUUUGAGGUUAAAGCAGGUGACACGCUUCAAUUGCCGAACAUCGAUCCUGGAAGGAACGUGCUUGUUAUAAGACUUCCUGAAUAUUUGGAGAAAGAAUGGUCCUGCCGGUAUGAAAUCUCAGAGGAACCUGAAGAAUUCGCAGUUUGGACAUUUGACAGCUACGACAGCCCGACAAAAAUGUCUCUAGAUCUCGGAAUGCACACGUUGAAUAAAAAUGGAUCAUUUAUUAUGUCCCUGUACUGCCCGUUCUGGAUGUUGAACAAGACCGGUCUUAUGAUCGGAUACAGGAAGUCUAAAAAGACUGCGAAACAUGAGGCUGUUGGCAGUCCCGCAAAGGAUUCCGAUGAAAACUUAAAUGUUUUGCACCACCCGCCGCAUUUCAUGGGGCCUAUUCUCUUCUCGUUUAAUGCGAAACAUUUCUUUGGCAAAAAGAAGGCUACGAUACGUGUCGAAUUGGGAGACUGGUCCGACAAGUUCUCCCUGGACGUGGCCGGGUCCUCGGGUGUCAUAAGUUGUAAAGCCAACGACAGACUUUACCAGAUUGGUGUGCACAUCCAGUUGACGUAUAAUAACUUAACGAAACAGGUAACAUUCACCCCGUACUACGUUAUCAUUAAUAAUGCUCCGUAUGCCAUCGAAUGUCAAGAAAACGACAGGCCGGCGGAUCAUUGGCUAGCGGUCGAGCCGAAAUCCUGUUCGCCUCUGUGGCCUAGAAGUGACAUGGAAGACAAGUUACUGCGUCUGCGGGUCGAGGGGACUACCGAAAACUCUGCGCCUUUCUUGUACACCGAAAGCCACAACACUUUGCUACGGUUGAACAAUAAGUACGGUGGUGUAAAUGUCGAUAUACAGAUAACAGAGGGAGCUAUCUACAUAAAUUUGGUGCCGUACGAGCACGGAUCUGCUCCUGCGCUUCUUAUCAAUCACACUGACAGCCCCAUCACUUUCUGGGAGAAGGAAUCGGUGCAGAAGAGAAUCUUGGGCUCAAAACACUCCCUCCUAUAUACCUGGGAAAACCCAUCUGGUCCCAGACUGAUAGUAUGGGACAAAGGCAACAACAAAGAGUUAGUAGAGGAUCUCAGAAAAGACGCUUGUGGCGAAUACAGUCCCACACGCGACAAGAAGAUAUAUUGGGCCUCUUUCUUGGACGGAAUGCAGAGGGUCUUGUUGUUUACUGAGGUUAAGAUGAUCGCUGAAAGCGCCGAGGCCAGUAAUCUACUCGAAAUCAUCCAGCAAGAAAUAAAUGUAUCGAUACAUGGAAUAGGAUUGUCUCUGAUUAACAACUUGACCAGGCAGGAGAUCAUGUAUCUUGGAAUCGCUAGUUCAGGUAUUAUCUGGGAGUCAUGUAAAAUGAAUGGUAGGAGAUAUAAAAGCCUCAAUCAAAAGUUAUCCAUGCUCUUGGAAAAUGCCUACCAGCAAUACCUGCUUAAACAAAUUGCCGAACCCGACGAAGAUAACAAUAUAGUGACUCUCGAUGGAAAGAUUGUAGUUGACUUCAAAUCCAAUCUUAUGCUGAAGCCUAGCAAGAAGAAGAUGAGGAGGACAUUUGAAACGGGCCUGUGGCUGCAGAUGAAGAGCAGUCCCAACCAAAUGCACAUUCAUGCGAAGAUCAACAGGUUGCAGAUCGACAACCAGAUAUUUGACUGCAUAUUCCCAAUAGUCCUUGCCCCAGUGCCUCCACCAAAGAGUGUAGCGGUUGAUAGUGGCAUCAAACCAUUUGUAGAAGUUAGUAUCGUACAACUAUUAAUGAAAAACAGUCAGAUCAAACAGUUUAAGUACUUCAAAGUACUGGUUCAAGAAUUUCAUAUAAAGGUGGAUCUUGGGUUCAUAAAUGCUAUUGUUGAAUUGCUUCAAGAAUCUGAACAGUCUGACGAGGAAGAGAAAAAACACUUCUUGACGGACAUGCACCUGGUGGACGAAGGCCUGUACAGCCACGUUUCAGGCGAAUCCAUCAGAGAACAAAAGAGUUUCUAUGACUUACUCCACUUCUCCCCCCUCAAAAUCCACAUCAGUUUCUCGAUGGCCGCCGGGUCGUCACCCACUGGACAGAACGUAUCUACGCCUAACUUCCUAAAAAUUAUUCUGCAAGGCAUCGGAGUGACACUGACAGAUCUUCAAGACGUUGUUUUUAAAUUGGCGUUUUUCGAAAGAACUUUCACUUUCCUCACACAGAAACAACUGACCAGCGAAGUGACCAGUCAUUAUAUAGGACAAUCGGUGAAACAACUUUAUGUGUUGGUCUUAGGAUUAGACGUUAUCGGAAAUCCUUAUGGCCUUGUUCUGGGUAUCACGAAAGGUGUUGAGGAUUUGUUUUAUGAACCAUUCCAGGGUGCCAUUCAAGGGCCCGGCGAAUUUGCUGAAGGUUUAGCUUUGGGUGUGAGAAGUCUGUUCGGUCACACCGUAGGAGGUGCUGCAGGAGCUGUAUCUCGUAUAACCGGUGCCAUGGGUAAAGGAAUUGCUGUUUUGACCUUCGAUGAAGAGUACCAAAGGAAGAGAAGAGACCAGCUGAAUAAGAAACCGGCCACUGUAACGGAAGGAUUUGCUAGAAGUGGAAAAGGUUUAGUUAUGGGUGUAGUUUCCGGUGUGACUGGCGUUGUUACGAAACCAGUCUCGGGGGCUCGGGAGCAAGGUGUCGAAGGAUUUUUCAAAGGCCUAGGCAAGGGAGCUGUUGGACUAGUUGCCCGUCCCGUGGCUGGUGUCGUAGAUUUCGCUAGUGGCUCUCUAGAUGCAGUAAAAAGGUGUGCUGAAAGCGGGGAAGAAAUCUGCAAGUUGCGACCCGCGAGGUUCAUACCUGCUGACGGUUUAGUCAGGCCUUUCAACAGUAAGGAGGCCAUGGGACAUAAACUGUUGAUGGAGCUAUCCAAGGGAAAAUACGCUCGGACGGACAUCUAUGCUGCCCAUUAUGUGAUGAUAGAAGAGAAGGAAGUGUUGCUGCUUACGGAUAAACGCAUAGCUUACAUAUGUCACAACGAUAUAUUUGGAGGCUGGCAGAUCGAAUGGGCAUAUACUUGGGAUGAGCUUCCACAAGCACCAAAAGUUGUGCCUAAAGGAGUCCUAAUAACUACCUCUGAGAAGAAAAAGAGACUUUUCGGUUCCAGCGAUGCCACAAAGACACUUUUAAUAGGGGAUCCUGCCGAAAAAGAGGAGAUAUGCUUAAAGAUUGAAUCUUUGAGAGGCAAUUAAAUGUACCGCUUAGCUUUAAUACAUCUCCUACAUGAAAUUAUAAUUUAUAUUCUUUAUAAACUGUUGAAAGUCUACUGAAAGUAUUUAUUAUAUGAAUAAUGUAAGCUAGUCAUAUUUCUAAUAAUAGUAACGUAUUUUUUUAAUUGACUGCACUUCAUUUUUUUAUCAGUAACAUUUUUAUGAGUAGGGCUCCAACUUAGAGACAAUUUAUUUUUCGUAGGUUUCAUUCAAACGUACAAAUUGAAUAGACGGACUAGUCUGACAAUUAAAAAUAUACAUAUUUUUUUAUUGGUCACGUUUCAGAAUGUUUUAUAUAAUUUUUUAUAUCUGCACUGCUUUACUGCUUCCUACUUGUUUUUUUUUAGAGUAAAUAUACAUUUUUUUCAUGAUUUGAAAUGUUUUAUAAUCGUUAUUAUUACUUAUACCGUGUUAUUGCUUUGUACUUGUUUUUUGGGAUAAAUAUAUUUUUCUUUUA